AUGUCUGACAACAACUCCUCCACCCUCAACAGCUACAUCAACCAGGCCACUGGCCUUGCUCAGCGUGCCGUCGGCUCUCUGACUGGUAACGCCUCUACUCAGGCCCAGGGCGAAGCCACCCAAAACCAAGGCCAGGCCCAACAUGCCGCAAGCCACGAGACCGCCAAGCUGGGCCCUGUCUCCGCAGACCCUCACACCGGCGCCGCGGCCAAGGACAACUCGAACCGCACGGCCGGAGCCUGGGACCAGACCAUUGGCUCGGCUAAGGAGUCCGUCGGCAACCUGAUCGGCAACGAGAACCUGCGCCGCGAAGGCCAGGAGCAGAACGCUAGCGGCAAGGCGCAGGAGGCAAAGGGCCAGCUCCAGGACUGGGGCGAGGGUGUCUCUGACCGCGCCAAGGGCGCGUUUGGAAGUGCGGGCGCUGCGCUCAAGGGGGAUCGCACAGAGGAGGAGAAGUGGAGGGAUGUGCAUGAUGAGGGCAAGGUGAGACAGAGGGGUGCUGAGGCGGAUAUGGAAAAGAGAUAUUAG